CCACUUUAUAUGCCUUCAGUUCCUCACAUUCCCCAGCAACGUCUCCCCAGUUACUACCACCAUCCAUUCAGGUUUCGCACAUCUGCUCUAUUUGCUUCUUGACUGGUAGCCUUCUCAGAUCUGCUUUAGUUCUAGCCUUCGGUUCAUAACUAAGCUUAGGUUCCGUGUACGUCGUCAAACGAUUAUUUUCAUGGCUCAGGACGGCUGGAAGAGGGAGCAAGGCUCUGCUGGCUGCCAGCAGUCCGACCGCGGCAUCCUAUGUGCAAACAACUGCGGGUUCUUCGGUAGUGCGACGACGCUUAACAUGUGCUCCAAGUGUUACACUGCACAUAUAACGAAAACCAUGCAAGCAGCAGCGACGGCGACAGCCUCUGCUCCUUCCGCUUCGCCCUCAGCCUCUCCCUCUCCCUCUCCCUCCACCUCCACUCCUCAAGUAUCAGCUAUCACGAUGACGCCUGUCCCCGUCACAUCUUUCAGAUCUUCUGCUCCUGAAGCCACGUCAUCAGCCAUGGGAACCCCUCCGGUUCGGACGUCGGAGUGCCUGGGAGAGUCAAGUUCGUCGCCGUCGCUUGUCACGCCAUCCUCCACCAUCUCCACCACCUUCGCUUCGCUUGCUGUUCCCGGAGCUGCACGGUCGGGAUGCUCUGGAGCGGGGUCAGCCUCGGCUGCUGCUGCUGGCGGGUCGGUCGCGUCGUCCGCUGUGUCGUCGCACUGCUCGCCUCCUCGUCCCGUGAAUCGCUGCGGGAAGUGCAACCGUCGCGUGGGUCUGACCGGCUUUAAGUGCCGCUGCGACGGAGUUUUCUGCUCGGCGCAUCGCUACUCGGACCGACACGAGUGCACCUUCGACUAUAAGACAGCCGGCCGUGCUCUCAUCGCCAAGGCUAAUCCUGUCGUUAAGGCUGACAAGGUCGACCGGAUCUGAACGUUUCAUGGCUGUCUUCAGAGGCUCGAUGGUGAACCCCGAAGAAUGGUUCAGAUCGUGUGGAGUUUUUAAGGACCACCUUAAGUUGUUGGCGAUGCAUCCUUGUCUGACGAUCUCUCGUUUGCAACAGAGUACGGUAUCUUGAGGAGUCUUGAGUGCGUCAAGGUCUUCCAGAAGGCACGGCUUGCUGCUGUUGAGGCACGGUCUUGCUGCAGGAAGGCCUAGGCGCGCAUGCUCCACGUUCCCCUGCGUGGUGGGCUGGUGUUCUGGGAGAGCAGCAUUGAUGGAUGGUGUCUGCCAAGCCAACACGGUGUAGGCCUAGCCGCUCUGUGAUUUCUUGUGGAUGCUGAAACAUUUUCUCUUUGCCUCGGAUCUGUGAACGUGGAUUUGUGAUGCCAUGAUGAAUAGCAGCAGUGAUGUCUAAAUGCUCCAUAUAGUACUGAAAGGCACUAAAGACGCCUAGUAGAAACCACAUUUUCUUGACGCCCUUGGUUGUGGACGUCCUUGUCCACAAAUACUUCCAGAUAGUAAGAUUACCCCAUCACUUCGUCCCCAUCAAGUGAUAGCCAUCACUCUUUUCUGGACAACUGAGCCAUCACUCAUAGCAUGAUACUCCUCCUGUGGCUGCUUGCAGCACAUCAUAAGAUGUUGACAUGACAGGCAGCUCACUUCCGUCAUACUGUAUAUAAUGGUUUCUGAUAAAAAAUCACCGUUCCGCACGUCAUUCAUCAAACUUGACUAUCGUUUUCAGGCUCGAUUUCGGACCGGCAGGUGAUAAGAAAGCGUCUGCGAGCAGCCUUGCUUGCAGGCGUUCUUUCUUGCGCUCCCUACGAGAUCGAUACUAGUGGAGGGUGUUGUUCGCAAGCCAAGCAAGCAUGGCAGAUAUACUCGAUGACAUGGUGAUCGUCGGCCGGGUAACUGAGGGAGAGGCGACGCCUGAGUCUGAGACGAUCCCACCGUCAUCACAGCAUCAGCAGCAGCAGCAGCAGCAGCAGCAGCAGCAGCAGCAGCAGCAGCAGCAGCCAACGUCGCAGGCAGGAGAAUCAGCUGGAGCGGGAGCCUCGGAAGGAACUACUUUAGACGAUGAAUUUGAAACCGUGUCGUUUCACGACGAGACUGGUAACCACCGCGAUGCCGUCGACGAGGGUGGCGACGGCGAAAUCCGCGACGAAUCGGCGACGGCGAGCGACAGAUCGGCAGCUGCAGCAGCAGCUGCUGCGGAUGCCAUCGCAGCGGCGUCCGCCUCGUCGGCUGCUGCUGCUGCGGCUGCAGCGGUGGCUGAAGGCGAGAGGACGAGCCUGAUUGCGCCGGAAUACCCCAUGACCAUGAGCGGCGUUGACAUCACAGGAAGUCUAGACCGAGUGGGCGACGGCGACGACGGCGAGUCGGACGACCACGUGAUCCGCCUCAAGUUCAAGGACGACAACCAGGCGCGCGACUGGGAGGGCGGCCUCUGCCAGUGCUGGUACCGCGACACGCUCCCUCUCUGCGCAGUUACCGCCGUCCUCCCCUGCAUCACCUUCGCGAGGAUCGUCAACCGGGCCCGGCUCGGCGAUGGGUUUCAAGCGGGGGUGCAGUUCCUGGUGCUGUUUCUUCUCGUGGGCUUUGUGACGUUCUUCUUUCAGAUUGUCGGGGGUGGGUGGCGGGAUGCGGACGGGAAGCUCCAGAUUUCCGGCUGGGCGUUGUUUCUGCAGAGCGUGGCCAUGUGGGGGGCUAUUAUCGGGUUCUCGUUUUGGCUCGGCAAGUGGCGCGCGGACGUGCGGCGGAGGCUCGGGAUCCGAGGCUCGGGAGCGGAGGAUUUCUGCGUGAUGUUUUGCUGUACGAACUGCUCUCUGUGCCAGCAGGCCCGCACUAUAGAUGCUGCUAUGGCGUCUGGGUUGAGCGGAAGUGGGGGCGGGGGAGGGGAGGAGAUGAAGGCUGGUGGGGGGCUGGUUCUCUUCUCCAUGCCGGCCAGAUGGCAACCCACCACGUCAGCAUGGCACCCCACCACCACUGACGUCGAGAUCUGAUCGUGAUCUGGUUGUGAUCUGAUUGUGAUUCUGUUGAAUGUUCGGCUCCAGUGCUGCAGCGUGAGUGGAAGAAUUCCAAAAGAGGAGUUCUCUAGGUAGAGGGCUAGGUGGGGAAAAGGGAAAGUUGGCGCCAGUGCUGCUCUAAGAUGAGAGCUCAAGAAAGCUUUCUUACUGGCAAUUUCUCUGUGUUUGCUGUACGUUGUAUCCUUCACAGCUGCCACCCUUAAAUGUAGCUAGCAAUGUACGAUUACCCGUUGGGUGUCUAAGGGGCUGCUUGUAUUUGCCGUAAGCAGAAACACAUGUUCAUAGUGUA